AUGAAAAUAUAUACACGAAAUUAGUAAACAAUUUUUAAUAUAAAAACAAUUUAAAAUUAAGUGAGAAACAUAAUUCUGACUUUUUGCAACACGGCAACACUUUUUAGGGAAUAUCAAAAACAAAUCUUAUUAGACUGAAUACACGCCCAAUUGGAAUAUUACAAUUUACAAUUUUGAAUGAUUUACAACACAAUGGAACUGCAUCAACGACAUCUCUCCAAUUUCUACAAAUUGCACAAGUAAAAACAGCUUAAGAGUUUUUUGUAAUCAAGUAUUGGAAUAAGGAUUACAAUUGAGCCAUUGAGGAUGCCCAAUAUGUCGAGCAUUAAGACGGAGCAAAGCGUUUCUCCAGGUGCCAGUGGCAGCUAUCAGCUGCCCGUUAACAUGUCCACGCCCACCGGGCGUCACAAUGUGUCCGUGACGAACAUCAAGUGUGAGCUGGACGAGCUGCCCACGCCGAAUGGGAACCUGGUGCCGGUCAUAGCCAACUAUAAUAAUCAUAAUCACAAUCACAGUAAUCACAACAAUCAUAAUAAUCACAACAAUCACAAUCACGGCCUGCGCAUACCGCUGGGAGGAGGCGGCGACAACAAGGAGGAGGACGAAUCCGAUUCGGAAGCGGAGCUGGCCAACAUUGAGAAUCUGAAGGUGCGUAGACGGGCGGCCGAUAAAAAUGGCCCACGUCCCAUGUCCUGGGAGGGCGAGCUGAGCGAUGCCGAAACGAACGGACAGGAGGCGCCCGAUGAGGAGCUCAUGGAAACGGAAACAGUUGUGAAAAGUGAGUCGAGCAGUGCCGGCGGCGUUGUUAGCCGCCAGGUGACAGCCAUGCUGCAGCCCAUCAAAACGGAGCUGGAGCACAUAGCAGGCGAGAUGCAGCAGCGACAGCAGCAGCAGCAGCAACAGCAGCAGCAACAGCAGCAGCAGCUGCAGCAACAGCUGCAAAGCCACAAGCAGCAGAGCUACAAGCUGAAGCUAGCGCCCACACAAAGUGAUCCGAUUAAUCUGAAGUAUGAACCAGCCUCCACCUCCAAUUCGACAACUUCGCUCUGCGAUCGCAGCAAGUCGAGCAGCGGCGGUCAUUUGCCUCUUCUGCCCGCCAAUCCCAGUCCCGAUUCUGCCAUACAUUCCGUCUACACGCACAGCAGUCCGUCGCAGUCGCCGCUGACGUCACGCCACGCCCCCUAUACGCCUUCGCUGAGUAGGAAUAACAGCGACGCCUCGCACAGCAGCUGCUACAGCUACAGCUCUGAGUUCAGUCCCACCCACUCGCCGAUUCAGGCGCGUCAUGCGCCGCCCGCUGGCUCAGCCAUGUUUUCGGGCCAUGCCAAUGGCGGAGCUGGGGCACUGCACCAUCAUAGCGUGCUGUAUCCGCCUUUGAAUGUGGAUGCUGCAGCUGCCGCUGCCGCUGCUCAGGAGGCGCAAAAUCUCAGCAUGGAUGGCAACAGCAGCAGUGGGGCACUCGAUGCCUCUGCCACGUUGCCAGCCUCGCCGGCGGGCAUCUCGCGGCAGCAGCUAAUCAACUCGCCCUGUCCCAUUUGUGGCGAUAAGAUUAGCGGCUUUCAUUACGGCAUCUUCUCCUGCGAGUCGUGCAAGGGCUUCUUCAAGCGCACCGUCCAGAACCGCAAGAACUAUGUGUGCGUGCGCGGCGGCCCCUGCCAGGUGAGCAUCUCCACGCGCAAGAAGUGUCCGGCCUGCCGGUUCGAGAAGUGCCUGCAGAAGGGCAUGAAGUUGGAGGCCAUACGUGAGGAUCGUACGCGUGGCGGUCGCUCCACCUACCAAUGCUCCUAUACGCUGCCCAAUUCAAUGCUCAGUCCGCUGCUCAGUCCAGAUCAAGCGGCUGCCGCAGCAGCAGCUGCCGCCGUGGUCAAUCAGCAACAACAACAGCAGCAGCAGCAGAGAUUGCAGCAACAUCAUCAUCAGCAGCAGCAGCAGCAGCAACAGCACCAGCACCAGCACCAACAACAGCAUCAACAGCAACAACCACACGCUGCACUCAAUGGCUUUGGCAGUGGGUCCAGUUCGCUGCCGGCCAGUCCCAGUCUCGGCGCAUCCAUCAAGACGGAGCAAACAGAGUCGCUCAAUCAUCAUGCAUCAUCGCGAGCCUCAAGCAUUCCAGCCCUCUUGCAGGAAAUCAUGGAUGUUGAACAUCUCUGGCAAUAUACUGAUGCGGAAUUGGCGCGCAUCAAUCAGCCGCUGUCCUCAUUUGCAUCUGGCGGCUCCUCGUCGAGCGCCUCGGGUGGCGGUUCAAGUUCCGCCGGACAGCACACUGCCAAUGCACAACAGAUGACCAAUCCACUGCUGGCCAGUGCUGGUCUCUCGUCCAACGGCGAGAACGCCAAUCCCGAUCUGAUUGCCCAUCUCUGCAAUGUGGCCGAUCAUCGGCUCUACAAGAUCGUCAAAUGGUGCAAGAGUUUGCCGCUCUUCAAGAACAUCUCGAUUGACGAUCAGAUUUGCCUGCUCAUCAAUUCGUGGUGUGAACUGCUGCUCUUCUCCUGCUGUUUUCGUUCCAUUGACACGCCAGGCGAGAUCAAGAUGUCGCAGGGCAGAAAGAUAACACUGGCACAGGCCAAGACUAAUGGCUUACAGGCCUGCAUUGAGCGCAUGUUGAAUCUGACGGAUCACUUGAGACGCCUGCGCGUGGAUCGUUACGAAUAUGUUGCCAUGAAAGUCAUUGUGCUGCUGCAGUCCGAUACCACGGAGCUGCAUGAGGCAGUCAAGGUGCGCGAGUGCCAGGAGAAGGCGCUGCAGGCUCUGCAGGCGUACACGCUGGCCCAUUAUCCCGAUACGCCGUCCAAGUUUGGGGAGCUGCUGCUGCGCAUACCCGAUCUGCAGCGCACGUGUCAGCUGGGCAAGGAGAUGCUGACGAUUAAGACGCGCGAUGGCGCAGAUUUCAAUUUGUUGAUGGAGCUGCUGCGCGGAGAGCAUUGACAAUUGCUCUUUAGGACCAUGGGACGCUGUCGAUGCCGCAGCCAGGCUUAAGGCAGAUAAAAAAAA